AUGUAUUCCGACACAGAGGGCCCUCACUUGUCCACCAGAGACUCGGGCUCCGGCUCAGAGUCCGACCAGCCAGACCCUGCGGUGCCCUUCGUGCCCCAUCCUCCUUCCGUAUUCCCCGCCGCGUCGGGUGCUUCCACCCCUCGCGACGACUCUGCGAUCCCUACGCCCUACUCCGACCCAUACCAGCCCUCGGGCGACCUCCUCGCGUCCUCUGAGGGCCUCACAAACCGUGUCGACGGUAUCCCCCAGUCCAAAGAGCUGGACGCCGCAGAGGCUUCCGCCGCCUCCGAUGCUGCUGCCCGUCGCUACACAAAGCGCCCUUUCUACACCCGCCCGCUCUUCUGGCUCGUCGCCUUCAUCCUCCUCGUUGUCGUCGUCCUCGCCGUCGUCCUUCCCGUCUACUUCCUCGUCGUCAAGAAGCACAACCACUCCAACGCCUCUUCUUCCUCCAGCUCUGGCUCCUCCAACGGUCCCCUCGGCACACCCCCAAACACGCCCUUGACAGCCACCAGCGGCGGAAAUGGCACCACCGUCACCAUGCAAGACGGCUCCACCUUCACGUACAUAAACCCCUUCGGAGGCUACUGGGUGUCCGACCCGUCCGACCCGUGGAACAACACCGCGCGCGUCAACUCGUGGACGCCCGCGCUCAGCGAGAACUGGACCUGGGGCCAGGACCGCGUCAACGGCGUGAACCUCGGCGGGCUCUUCGUCCUCGAGCCCUUCAUCACCCCCGCCCUCUUCCAGGCCAACCCCGGCGCGGUCGACGAGUGGACCCUCAGCACCGCCCUCGCCGGCAACGGCACCCUCCAGCAGACGCUCGAGCAGCACUACGACACCUUCAUCACCGAGCAGGACAUCGCUGAGAUCGCCGGCGCGGGCCUGAACUGGAUCCGCGUGCCCCUUCCCUUCUGGGCCAUCAACACCUGGAGCAACGUCGGCGUGGACGCCACCGGGGCCGCCGUCGCGGAACCGUUCCUGGCGAGGACGUGCUGGAACUAUUUCCUGCGCGUCGUCGGCUGGGCGCGCAAGUACGGCCUUCGAGUUAACCUUGACUUGCAUACGAUCCCGGGAUCGCAGAACGGGUACAACCAUUCGGGCAAAUUGGGCGUCGUCAACUUCCUGAACGGGCCCAUGGGCCUCGCGAACGCUGAGCGUGCGCUGGACUACAUCCGGAUCCUCACCGAGUUCAUCACCCAGCCCGAGUACGCGCCUGUGAUACCGAUGUUUGGCAUCGUGAACGAGGCGCUGCUGUCGACCAUCGGGAAGGACCAGCUCAUCACAUUCUACCUGCACGCGUACGACAUGAUCCGCGAGAUUACGGGCGUGGGCGAGGGCAAGGGCCCGUUCAUCUCGAUCCACGACGGCUUCCAGGGCGCCGCGUAUUGGGCGGGCACGCUCACCGGCUCGGACAGGGUCGCGCUCGACACGCACAUGUACUUUGCGUUUGACGGAUCGCCGAACGGCGAGCCAGUCGCCGUACCGGCGAAUGGGAAUGCGAACAUGCUGGGCGGGCAGUGGCCGCUGAUGGCGUGCAACGCGUGGGGCCCGCAGGCGAACACCAGCCAGACUGCGUUUGGGGUGACGUAUUCGGGCGAGUUCAGCAACGGGAUGAACGACUGCGGGCUGUACGUCAACGGCGUCGGGCAGGGCUCGAGCUCCGCUGCGAACUGCACGUUGUGGUCUGACGCGGCGCUGUGGAACGAGACGACGCGGGAGGGGGUCAGGACGUAUGCGCUCGCGAGCAUGGACGCGCUCCAGGACUGGUUUUUCUGGACGUGGAAGAUCGGGAACUCGUCGACGUCAAACAGCGUCGAGGCGCCGCUGUGGUCGUACCAGCUCGGGCUGCAGUACGGGUUCAUGCCGACAGACCCCCGGGAGGCGAUCGGGACGUGUGCGGCGCUCGGCGGGGGCCAGAGCCCGUUCGACGGCGAGUACGCGUCGUGGCAGACGGGCGGGGCGGGCGCGGGCACGAUCGCGGCGACGUCCGUGGCGACGUACGGCGUGUGGCCGCCGACGACGAUGGCGGGCGUGCCCGCGCAGUCGGUGCUGAUGCUCCCGCAGUACACGGGCACCGCGGGCGUGAGCACGCUGCCGGCGCCGACGGCGCUGACGAGCGUCGCGACGGUCCCGGUUGGGAGCGGGUGGUACGACGCGGGGGAUACUGCGAGCGCGGUCACGACGAUAUCGGGCUGCACGUAUCCGGAUGCGUGGUAUGCGCUCAGCUCGGCGAUACCGACGGCGGGGUGUGGGGCGGUGUCGUAUGGUGCUGCUGUGGCGCCGGUGUUGACGUCUGCGGUGGCUGCGGCUACGACGACGAGUAGUGCGCCUGCGGCUGCGGCGGCGACCAGCGCGCCGGCGCGCAGGUACGGUGGGGCGCACACAUGA